GUUAUCGCAUUCGGCCUAAUGCUCUGCAUGGGUGGAUCAGGGGCGAUUGUUCUGAACACAAGUUCGCUUCGAGAUGAAAUUGUCGAAACCAUGUUUGCCGACUAUCAGAGUCAUGUACGACCGAACGAGUUGUCUCGAAAUCAGACAGUGGUUGUCGUCUAUAUCAGUAUUUCGGCCAUUACCUCGGUAGAUGUGAGGAAUAUGGAAUACACGAUGGAUAUGCUGUUACGUCAAACUUGGAAAGAUCCACGUUUGGCAUGGGAUCACAAUCCAAAAUUUGCCCACUACAAGAAGAACAUUGUCUCGCCUGUGUUUAAAGACAAAAUUUGGCUUCCAGACUUGUUUUUUCGUAACGGUAAAGAAGGUCGUUUGCACAAAAUGACUUGUGAAAACUUACUUAUACGUAUUCAACCAAAUGGGGAGGUUCUUUAUAGUCAAAAAAUCACCAUGCGUUUCUCGUGUACAAUGGAAUUACACACUUUUCCGAUGGAUACACAACACUGUGGCAUGGAUAUUGGGAGUUACGGAUACACAUUGGAACAGUUACGUUUCAUAUGGCACAAUCAAUCCCCCGUCACAUUACCGCCCGAUUUGCAAAUAUCUGAAUUUGACCCCCCGAAAACUGUAGUUCCUCAGGACUGUUCAAGUCUCUAUCAAACGUCAACUGGACAGUACACUUGCCUAAAUGCUACCUUUUUCCUUUCACGCCAAUUGGGUUACUGGCUUGCCAGCACAUACCUUCCCAAUAUUUUGAUCAUGGUGGUUUCGUGGUUGAAUUUUUGGGUCAGUCUAGAAGCUAUUCCGGCUCGCGUGAAUUUGAGCCUGCUCACUCUGCUCGGUGUGAUCACACAAUCUACCAGCAUCGCCAGUUCUCUACCUCGUGUGUCUUAUAUCAAAGCUAUCGACGUGUGGACUACGGCCUGUAUCACAUUCAAUUCCGGUGUGCUUCUCGAAUUCGCUAUCGCGUCUCAUGUGUCCCGACGCAAAAAGGUAUCCGAAUGGCAAAAUGAGGUACGUAAAACGGUGCGAAGUGAACUGGCCCGUUGGUGUACGGCAUGUCAUCAACAGUAUCAACAACGUGGCCCGUCGGCAUCGAUGGCCUACUUGACUGCAAGUGGCGGGCGUGGACUGACCGAACGUACGUUACACUAUAUCAAUUCGGCUUCGGCCGCAGCCACCGCAAUGGAGAACACUCCGAUUCCGGAUUCACCUGCUCACAUGUCUGUCCGCAUGACAAAGUCCGGACUGAUGGCUUUAGUCAGUGAGAAAACUUCGCCGUAUAAAUCACCUCGAUUGGAUAAGAAACGUGCCACCAAGAUGGAUUUGUUCGAGCAAGCCUCCGGAGAACCGGGGUUGCAUGUUUUGGAGGCGGCACAAACAGAUGCAUUGCUACCACCGUCAGCAGAACCGAAGAAAACGACACCGAAACCACCCCCGAUCAAUGAAAUUGACAGUUAUAGUCGCUUCCUGUUCCCGGCCUGUUUUCUCAUCUACAAUUGUUUCUACUGGUUAUACUACUUGGUGCUGGUCAAACAAGUAAACUGA